AUGAUUAGCAGACCAGUUACAAAGAAGUUAUUAGAAGAUGAUCGUCCCAUUGUUGGAUCAAGCAAAUUGCUAUAUCCACAUUUGAAUUCCGCCAAUACCUUGUCACCAGGAUCGGUAUCGACCGUUGACAUUCGUUCACCCAUGCCCACCAUGUCCUUCUCCCCUAGAGAUCAACCCAUGACAAUUGCAAAAAAGAAAUUACAAAUGGCAUUAGCAGAAUUAGUGCAAUCUGAAUACAUGUAUCUUGGAUCAUUGAAACGAUUACGAGAUGUGUUCUUCGAUACUUGUGUUGAUAAUACUGAAAGCUCGUACCUGUUGAAAAUUGUGAAGUACUGUUUGCUCCAUUUGAUUGAAAUACAUACUCUGUUGAUUGACGAUUUGGCUAGGUUGUUUCCUAGUGAUCGAAGUUUGUACCAAAUUGCUGAAUUGUUUGCCCAACGAGUUUGCGAGUCGGCAAUCUGUCGGUUUUGGUAUGAGGAAUACAUAAAACAGUAUGAAGAUUUCCUUAAGAUUGCCAAGUUGAAUAAUCAAACACUGAAUGAUAGAGAAGUGAGUAUCAGGUGGGCCACUGCCUGGCAGAAAUAUCUUGAGAAGUCCCAACAGUCAAAGAAACAUCUUGAUUUUUCCAUUGAGUCGCUUUCCCAAGGUCCCAUCUCCAGAAUAUCAAAAUAUAAGUUGCUAGUAGAGUCUAUUCACAAGCAAUGCAAGGAAAAUCUUGCCAGUUCUCAAAAAGUAAAAUGUUGGAUGGAUCAAAUUCAUUCUCAUUUACUGCUGAUCAACGAUAAUAGUUGGAAACUACAUCAACAACAAAGCGAGUUCAAUGAACGGGUAGAAAGUAUAAUCAACUUCAGGAAUAUCCCAUUUGUCCAUGAAUUGAGCAUUGAAUUCUUUGGCAACGCUCUUUUAGUUGGUUCAGAAACAAUAAUUUGGAUUGAAGCUGGCGAAAGGGGAAAGAUUUCAACGUAUCCUAUCCUUGUCUUCAAAAGCCAUCUCAUAAUUUGUGAUUGCAUAAAAUCAAAAACUCGACGGUCAUACAAGCAAAACAUCAAAUUCAUUAUCCCCUUGUCCAAAACAUGGUUAGUAACUGAGUUCAAAAGUUGUGGUGGAAUAUUCUGUGAGUACCCAUAUGCAUUCAAGAUUAUUUUUGAAAUCAAUUCUUGCCAAUAUGAGUUUGCCAUGGUAUUCUUGACGGAACUGGAGUUUUCCAUAUGGAGAAAUCUACUAGAUACAUUAAUCAAUUAUGUGAAUGGACCCUGUGAUUUAAACUUCAUCAAGGAUGAAAUUAAGUAUGUUUGUGUAUUUCCUCAAGAGAUUUGCUCCUAUAAUAUUGACUUGGAUGGAGACAACUAUAAAAAGAACAUCAAAAAGUGUUACUUUAAACAUUCGAUCAACAUAAGAGUGAAGUUUGAUUUCCCCAUUAGCGAAUUGCAAAGUCUGACUUGCCUAACUAAUUACUUUGAAAAUGAUAAUCUGUUGAUGUAUCAACAACUAGUGUUAAAAAAAUCAAAUGUGGUUGCAAAUCAGAAAAAUUUGGAAAGUAUAUGGAGCAAAGAAUUACCCAUACAUUUCAGAACUACAACUACAUUCACUGAAGUCGUGAGAAGCUGGUCGUUACGGAGUACAAGUUCUCUUACAAGAAAAUGGUCGUUUAGAAAAUUAAUGGAUCAAACGGAAAGCGAUUCUCAUGAUCUAUCAGACGAGCACGAUGAGACUAAAGAGGGGAAUCAAGUUUCACACGAUGACAUUCCAGAACCGGUAACUGCACGAUCGAAUUCGUUGAAACGAUUUAAAGAUUCUGUAAGUUGGUACAUACCGUCUUCAAAGUGA